ACCCCUAGCCUGGGAACCUCCAUAUGCUGCGGGAGUAGCCCAAGAAAAAGGCAAUAAUAAAAAAAAAAAAGACAAUAGAAUGUACAAAUAGAAGAGAUUCACCUGUGUGAGAAAGUGUGCGACAUGAAUGUCAUGGUGCUUUGCAGGUAGGGCUGUCCUCCAAACUUGUCUAGUGACCGUCAGAAAGAAAGAAAAACUCUUCAAGGCCCAUGCACACAUAGAAUUUUAUACCUAUCAUAGCAAGGAAAGGAUUGCUUGCUUUUUGGAAGGGUUCCCUGGGGCAAUCAUUGAAAAGUGUAGCUUUCUGUUCUCUGUAGUAGAAAAGCGUACGUUCAGGUCAUGUAGAUGGUCUUCAGAUCUUCAAGAAAUAGAGAACUCCAGCACAUUUUUAUCUUGUGACACCUGGAUUAUCGAGAGGCCUGCAUCCCCCUGACCCUGACUCCCACGUCAGUUCUUCAGGGCAGUGUUCUGGGAGCGUUAAUGUCUUGGGCGUUCCUUCCUGUAUCAGAAGAUUUAGAGUGUCUUUAAAAUGUGCCUUGAUUAAAAAAUACUAGGUUAGUGUGCAGACUCAUGAACCUGUCUGUUAGAAGAAGGGAGCCCCUCCCAGCCUCAAUCAGGUGGAGAUCAGGAGGGAGGCAGAUGCCGCAGGCUGGGCGGUGGCUGAUUUGGUGCAUGUGACUCCAGGGACAUGGGUGUGUUUUGACGGUUUCCAUGACGAGUGAGGAGGAUGCUGCUCCCCACUCUUUGGUGGAUGGUGCCGGGGAAUGUGGAGGCUCAGCCCGGCCCUGCAGAGAAGUGCCUGCCUGGGCCUUCACUGGAUCACUGAUGAGGUAUUACCAGAGAAAAGGAGCCUGAAACUCCUAAAGAGCCAGAACAUCAAUGUGAACUGGUACAUGUACUGUCCUGAGAGUGCCGUGAUCCUGCUGUCCACCACAGUGCUUGGGAACGUGCUGCAGCCCUUCUACUUCCGGGCUGGCACCAUGUCGAAGUUGCCCAAGUUUGAGAUUGAAUUACCAGCUGCACCUAAAUCAACUAAACUGAACCUCUCCGAGAGAGACAUUGCCAUGGCGACAAUAUACGGCCAGUUGUACGUUCUCUUCCUGCGGCAUCACUCUCGGACGUCUAACAGUACAGGAGCGGAGGUAGUCCUGUAUCACCUACCACGAGAAGGUGCCUGUAAAAAACUGCACAUAUUGAAGUUAAACCGGACGGGGAAGUUCGCGCUGAACGUCGUGGACAACCUCGUGGUUGUCCAUCACCAGGACACAGAGACGUCGGUGAUAUUUGAUAUCAAGCUGAGGGGGGAGUUUGAUGGCACCGUUACCCUCCAUCACCCGGUGCUUCCAGCUCGGUCGAUUCAGCCCUACCAGAUCCCCGCGGCAGGUCCUGCUCCCGUGACCAGCCAGUCCCCCGUCCCGUGUAAACUUUAUUCUUCGUCCUGGAUUGUAUUUCAACCUGACAUCAUCAUCAGCGCCAGCCAAGGUUACCUCUGGAACCUGCAGGUGAAACUUCAGCCCAUAGUGAACCUCUUGCCAGAUAAAGGAAGACUCAUGGACUUCCUCCUGCAGAGGAGGGACUGCAAGAUGGUUAUUCUGUCUGUGUGUGCGCAGAUGUUGACCGAGUCUGACAGAGCCACGCUGCCUGUGAUAGCCACUGUUUUUGACAAACUCAACCAGGAGUAUAAAAAGUACCUGGACGCUGAGCAGAGUUACACGAUGGCCAUGGAAGCCGGGCAGAGCCGCAGCAGCCCGCUCCUCAGGAGGCCGGUGCGGACCCAGGCGGUGGUGGACCAGUCUGACAUGUACACCCACGUCCUGUCAGCGUUCACGGAGAAGAAGGAGACGCCUCAUAAGUUUGUGGUAGCUGUGCUCAUGGAGUACAUCCGCUCUCUGAACCAGUUUCAGAUCACAGUGCAGCAUUACCUACACGAGCUUGUCAUCAAGACGCUGGUCCAGCACAACCUCUUCUACACGCUGCACCAGUUCCUGCAGUACCACGUCCUCAGCGACUCGAAGCCUCUGGCUUGCCUGCUGUUGUCCCUGGAGAGCUUUUACCCCCCUGCUCACCAGCUGUCCCUGGAUAUGCUGAAGCGCCUCUCCACAGCAAACGAUGAAAUAGUAGAAGUUCUCCUUUCCAAACACCAAGUGUUAGCUGCCUUAAGGUUUAUCCGGGGCAUCGGUGGCCAUGACAACAUUUCUGCCCGCAAAUUUUUAGAUGCCGCAAAGCAGACUGAAGACCACAUGCUUUUCUACACUAUAUUCCGCUUCUUUGAGCAGCGAAACCAGCGUUUGCGAGGGAACCCUGGUUUCACCCCAGGAGAACACUGUGAAGAACAUGUUGCAUUUUUCAAACAAGUUUUUGGAGACCAAGCUCUGAUGAGGCCUGCGACGUUCUGAGGUCAUUUGCUAGUUGUUUUAUAUAUAUAUAUAUAAAAUGUGUACAAAGUUAAUUUAUUGCAUUAAUAAAGCUCUUUAAACUACAAAA